AUGGAUUCUACAGUAGGAGUUUUAAGAAGUCAUUGUCCAUAUGGUGAUAAUGGGUGUCAUGUUAAUGAAGACAUAGUUGUGGGAAGUACUGAAAUAUCAAAUGAAGAACUUCGGCACGAAAAUAUUGAUAUUAGUAAUGGUGAUUUGCACAAAGGCAAAGUAUUUAAUAGUGACGAUGAGGCCUAUAAUUGCUAUGUUAAUUUUGCUAAAAAAGUUGGUUUCUUAAUCAGACGUGACCGAAUAUUGGGAAGUGAAGAGCAUCCUAUGGGAAUUUAUAAGACGGAUUAUGUUUGUCAUCGAGCUGGUAGUCCUCAUUCUCAAAAGAUUGCAGAAAAUGAACGACAACGAGAUAGAAAAUCUUCCAGAUGCAAUUGUAACGCCAAGAUGUUUAUUGCUAAAGAUAUGAUUGAUGGUAUCCCUCACUGGGUAAGAUUUCUUCCUGCUUAUCGAAAUAUUGACAUUAUUGAUCAAAAGCGGAUUACACUUCUUGCAAAAAAAAGCCGGUUGUUGACGAGCUUAAUUAGAAGAGUGCUUGAGUUAGAAAAGGGUGUCAAUGUAGGCCAAUUGCCUUUCACAGAAAAAGAUAUCAAGAACUUUCUCCAAUCAAAAAGUUCUACCAAUACUGAAUAUGAUGCUUUGGAGCUACUAAAAGUAUGCAAGAGUUUGAAAGACAAAGAUGUUGAUUUCCAAUAUGAUUUCACAGUUGAUACAUGUCAAAGACUUGAGCAUAUCAUUUGGGCAUUUGGGGACUCUAUUCAUGCUUAUGAACUUUUUGGAGAUGUAGUUGUUUUUUAUACUACUUAUCAAUUAAAUCGCUAUGAGAUGCCACCAGGAGUUUAG